UUCCUGCACUGCCACGUCAUUCACGCACACACACAGUCCUUGCGCAUCCCGGUGAUACUCGCUCGCGCUCUCUGUCCCAGAAAACCGGCUGGUAAAGAGAAGCGAUAAAAGAAUAUAGACGACAUUAUUCCCGGUUACACAGAAACGAAGUGGGGAAUAUGGGGGGUUCGCAGAGCGUGGAAAUUCCCGGAGGAGGCUCGGAGGGCUAUCAUGUUCUGAGAGUGCAGGAGAAUUCUCCUGGACACAGAGCAGGUCUAGAGCCCUUCUUUGACUUCAUUGUGUCAAUAAACAACACCAGACUGAACAAGGAUAAUGACACAUUGAAAGACAUACUAAAGGCAAGUGUUGAAAAGCCGGUGAAGAUGCUGGUGUACAGCAGCAAGACCCUUGAGCUGCGGGAGGCAACCGUUACCCCUAGCAACAUGUGGGGGGGGCAGGGCCUACUGGGGGUCAGCAUCCGUUUUUGCAGCUUCGAAGGAGCUAAUGAAAACGUCUGGCAUGUUUUGGAAGUGGAGCCAAAUUCUCCAGCAGCGUUAGCGGGUUUAAGACCACACACUGACUACAUCAUUGGAGCAGAUACUGUUAUGAACGAGUCAGAAGACUUAUUCUCAUUAAUAGAAACUCAUGAGAACAAAGGAUUGAAGCUCUACGUCUACAACACAGACACUGAUAACUGCCGAGAAGUGGUCAUCACUCCCAAUACUGCCUGGGGUGGAGAGGGCAGUCUCGGCUGUGGUAUUGGCUACGGUUACCUGCACAGAAUCCCGACUCGGCCCUUUGAAGAAGGCAAGAAAAUUUGCUUCCCUGGACACACCCAUAGUGAGCCUGCCAGCCCCCUGAAAGAUGGUUUCACGGAGGUUCAGCUGUCUGCAGUAACUCCGCCCCCAUUGGUACAAUCCAAGCCCACAGGGCUUGAGGACAGUUUAUCCGUUCUGUCACUCAGCUCAGCCCCGCCUCAAAUACAAAGCGAGCUCCACACAGGUGUUCCUACAGUCCCCCUGCUGCCAACACACAUGACCCCAGGAUUGAGUUCUCUUUCCUCUGUUACCCCCUCCACCACCCUACCAGGUUUUAUGGCCUUACCGUCCGGACUUCCUCCCCUGCCAAACCUCGCCAAUCUCCCGAAUCUCAAUAUACCGUUACCUGACCUUAGCGCUGUAUCAUUAGCUGGAUUCACUGGGUUACCUCCAACUAUAGCAGGUUUACCACCUUUCCCUCCUCUGAAUCUGCCUGGCAUCUCCCCUCUUCCCAUGCCCUCAAUGCUGCCCAGCAUGCCAGGGGCCACGCUGUCAUCUACCCUGGCCCCCUCUGACCUCAUUCCACCCACUUCCUUAGCGACAGCGCAGACUCCCGCACUAAUACUGGAUACCACGCCCAACCCCGCAGUCAAAGACACGCCUUCAGCGAUGUCUGUUGCCAUGGAGACCAUCCCACAGCAGACGACGGUUGCACAGGCUGCCGUAGAGUCCUCGUAACGAUCGUGCCGAGGCCAGGGGCGUCCCUCUGUAUCUCUAAUGUAUUUAUUCAGUACAAAAAUAUUCCAGUGCGCUAACACACACACAGUUCUGCUGAGAGGCGCUAGAGGGUACUGAGUGAUGGACAGAUAUUAAAUAUUAUAUAAAAAUAAGAUGAAUGAAUGAGGCAAGGCAGGUUUGACUUGGAAACAGAGCGCAUGCAUGUCCAAGUGUGGUGUCUCUUCAGACGCUGUGCUUUCUUAUGCUUUUUCUUUCUGUAUAUCCUGUAAUCUACUUUGAAAUGUUAGUAUAGCAUUCCUUGUAAUUACCAAUUGCUAUGUGAUUUUACGGUCUUCUUUCUUUGCACAUUUAUUUCACAUGCUCGGUUUUUCACGAACACGCUCUCUGCGUGGUCAUAUCAGACCUGUUUUGCUCAAACAUGGUAAAAUAGAUCCACCUUCGAGAUGGAUGGAAACGGAUGUGCUGCAGGGCUGAAUGUGCUUGUGCAGUUUGAAGAUUGUGAAGGAAUUUCUCAUUCAAACACACAAGCAAUAAACUACAAAGUUUUA